AUGACGAGUUCGUUAGUACUCGCAUUAGGCCUGGACACCGGCGUCGUUGAGACCAAGAACAGCUUCGUGGAGUCCAUCUCGAGGGCCUUCAGCGGCCUGACGCAGUCCCAACACUCGCGCUCCAAUAAAGGUGAGACAGCGCUAUAUAGCGUCCCGCUCACACCAGCGUCGCUGAGACCAAGAACAGCUUCGUGGAGUCCAUCUCGAAGGCCUUCAGCGCGUCCCGCUCACACCGGCGUCGUUGAGACCAAGAACAGCUUCGUGGAGUCCAUCUCGAAGGCCUUCAGCGGCCUGACGCAGUCCCGACACUCGCGCUCCAAUACAGAUGACAAGAAGCUGAAGCCUCUGGCCCUGGAACUGCGGUCUGACGCAAUUCUGCAUGGUGUGGAGAAUUUCCUCGCCUCGCCAAAGGUGAAGAAGUUUACCAACGACAUGGCAAGGAAAGCCGCCGUCAUGUACAGGGCUAUUGAAAAGGUGUUUUCUUGA